AUGACUGUAUCUAGUGUCACCGCAAACAGCUCGCACGAAUGCCAGCAGCAGAAUGUCCGACAGGACUCCACACUCCCCAUUACGCCAAUGGUUCCUAUGGACUCUUCUGUUAACACAUGGACCCGCUUCAUUACCACCUUCGAGGCUUCUGAGUUCACCAACUGGAUCGAUGAGAGUGUCUCUUGGAAAUCGACUUGCUACAUCGGCGAUUGGUCUCCCCUUCUCAAGAUGAGGGUCCGAGGUCCUGAUGCCAAGGCAUUCUUCGAAUACUUGUCGACGAAUCACUGGCCAAACUUCAAGCAAUACCAGGCAAAGCACGCCGUUUUCUGCCGAGACGACGGAAAGGUCAUGGGCGAGGGCGUCGUCAUGAUGCUUGGGCAUGACGACUUUAUCUUUACAUCUGUUCCUGGAGUGACUUGGGCCCUUUAUCAAUUCCACCGUGGUAGUCGAAAAUUUGACGUUACGGUGGACAAUGUCUCCAGCGAAUGGUACCUUUUCCAGGUUCAAGGCCCCAAGAGCUUGGAUGUAAUGGAGGCCGCAACGGGGUCUUCAAUCACCGACUUGAAGUUUAUGAAUGCCAAGGAGAUGUCCAUCAACGGAUCAAAGCUCUUAUGUCUCCGACAAGGAGUAUCUGGCGAACGAGGCUUCGAGCUCUGGGGUCCAGCUGAAGAAGCACAGACGGUGUACAAGGCUAUUAUGGCCUCUGGGACAAAGUUUGGCAUUCGUCAGCUUGGUGGCCGUGCAAAGACGGUGAAUCAUGUUGAGGGUGCAUUUCCAACACCAAGAUUGGAUUUUCUCCCAGCGAUUCAUGGCGACGACCCCGAGCUCGGCAAGUACCACCAGUUCCUCCAAGGGGCCGGAUUGCUUGGCGCCGGCUUCUUACACUUAGGAGCUGUUGGGAACUACAGCGCCCAACCUUCCGCCCACCAUCGCACCCCGUUCGACCUGGGCUGGGGCUGGCUUGUCAACUUCGACCAUGACUUCAUCGGCAAAGAGGCACUCAGGUCCAUAGCCAGUAACCCUCCCAACGCACUCGUCACCUUGGAAUGGAAUAGCGAGGAUGUGAUAGACGUCUACGCAUCGCUCUUCUGCGACAAUACUCUCGAGUUCAUGGAGUUGCCGCGUAAUGCGGGCGGCUUAGUGGGCGGGAGCAGUGUGUACGUCAACGGCUCGCUUGUUGGCUGCGCCGUGUCACGAUGCUAUAGCUACUGGUUCAAGAAAAUGAUCUCUCUCUGUAUCAUCGAGAAGGAACACUCCGCUCUCGGGACGGAAGUCGAGGUAAAAUGGGGUCAGGAGGGCGGGCCACAGCGAAUGAUUCGCGCUAUUGUCAAGCCAGCUCCUUACAAAGAAGAUCAGCGCAAAAAACCACUGAGGUCAUGA